UAAAACUUACGACAUAGAAGUGAAAAGUGUAUGUGUUGGUGCAUGAUGUGUAGUUGAAAAAACGCAGUAGUUCGAAACGAAGAACAAUUGAGCAUUCUGCGGUCCGCGUCGCAGUAUGAAGUUGAACUUUCAUGCGUGUGCACGUCUUAUGUGAUCGUCAAGUGAUUUUUUUUUAGAAGUCUGUUGGUUACAAGAAAGAUUAAAGAUCUUGGACAGUGACGGCUACUUUUAUCUCAGUGACAAAAAAGUGUUAAGCGUAGAAAAUGGCUGAUCGUGAAACUAUAAACCGUGUUCUGCGACAAAAAGUUCACGAUGAGUUGGACAGGGCUCUCGUUCUGUUGCGCAAAAUUUCUGAUGCGUCAUUCAGAACAACGGUGGAAAAGAGUUAUGAUGAUAUUUUUCGCUGGGUUAAAGAUCGUACAAAAAGGGUGAAAACUGAUUCACUUAAACAACUCUUCAUUGCAACUAACAUUUUGAUAGAAAAAAUGAACUCUUACCUUGGUAUCGUAAAUGGCACCAUAGCAGAAACGAGUCCAGAAAAAUAUGAGAAAGAAUGCACACAUAACCACAAUAUAACAUCCGAUCAUCAAGUAUACCUGGAUCAACAAGUUGGAGAGAAAAACGUUUCUGCCAAUACUACCGUCAUUAAAGAAAGGGUUCAAGCUCAAGCAUGUGCAAAAGAUCAACGACUUGAUGAAGAAAUUCUUGAGAUGGCCAGUGCUUACGAUACUUCGCAUGUUGGUCCACCAAAAAUUAUUGAAUCAGUUGAAGAAAGUAGAGAACGUAUAGCGUUGAAAUAUCCACGCAAAAAAAUCGACUCAGAGCUCUUUAAGAGACCAGAUGCACCACACAAACGUCCUAGUAGCCCACUUUUUCUUCGAAGGCAUGAAAUUCUUCCCCCUAAACAGACUGCUGCGACAUAUGCUGAGCAUAAGAGACAAAUGCAUGCUAAAAGGAUAUGGGAAUCGAGAACUGAAGUUGCUGUCGUUCCGUCACCUUUGGAUCCGCGCAUAGAAUUUUAUAAACGUACACACGAUAAAACUGCUCCGAGAAAUGAGGAAACACCUUUCCAACCACUAACUAAACAUGGCCCGCAAAAUAAUGAAACUCAAAACAUACAGGGCAAUCAGGACAACACGAACCAAGAAAAUGUUCAGUGCAAUGGAAAAUCUAUUGUUGAAAUAUGCACGUCUAAUGAAAUAUCUGAAUCAUUGGAACCGCCAGCAACCCUUACAACAGGCGUAGGUAAUACAGUCAAAAACGUGUUUGGUAAAGUACCGGGAAAAGUAAUAGGUGUUAAUGGUGCUACUAAGCAUACAUCCACUACCGCGGCAUCAAAUGUUAUGGUUGAGGUUCCAAGUGCAACGAGUAAAGGUAGGCAAUCUCGGGAGCUGCACCUUUUAUUGUCAGAUGCAACAGAUUUCCUAGAAAAAUCGACAAGAAGAGAGCAAAGCAAUAAGGCUGACCAACAGCACAAGGUAGCAUCAAAUGUGUUGGAAAAGUUUGGAAUCACACGGGAUGUUAGAGUGGUUUUAGACAAAUAUGACCUUGAAGGCGCCGGAACAGCAUUAAGGCCUAAAUUAAGGCGCCGGAAUAGCAUUUGCUUCGGUACACUUACUAGCUCGUCAGAAUGUAAUUUUGGAAACCUCGAUAAACCAAGCAAAUUGAGCAAUAAUACAUCGAAAAAAAAUACCAUUACGCACUCAAAGGCUCUAGAAGGAGCAAAACCAGCGAGUAAAGCUGGGAAAAAAAAAUCUGAAAUCGUAGUGAAUAAUGAAGUGGUGAAACCAUUGAGUGAAGGUGAUAAAAAACCAUCGGAAAUUGUAGCUAACGAUAAAAGACCGUUAAAUCACGGUGCUACAACUUCAAAACAACAAUGUAAGUCAGGUGCAAAACCCGGCAAUUCUAAAGCUAACGGUAAGCGAAAGAUACAGGCAAAACAAGAUCCAGUUCCUAAAAAACAGCGCCGGGAAACGCUAAAUUGCAGUGAUAAGUCAGUGUUGAAUGAAACUGAGAAACAAUCCACAACUGUUCAGCUACCUGAAUCUGUAUCCAUUGAAGAACCUGUACCUAGUAAAUUCAUGAAAAACAACAGUCCAAAAAUACACUGCAACAGUAAAUAUAUAACUAGUUGCUGCUUAUGCAACUAUCAAGUGGAACAUCAGAUUGAUAUGGUUAAGCACUAUGUUUAUGAGCACCCUGCAAGCGAAGCAUUUGUUAGCCGAGUCACACCCGAAUGUGCCAAAACAAUCAAACAAAAUCCAUUCAAUGUUGUUGGCAAACGAGUUGUUUCAAGACAUGGCCCGAAAACCAUCUCAUUCAGCUGUUUUUUUUGUGAAAAACGUAAUACUCUUCGAGGAAACGACUGGGUACAUCACCUAGUGAGUCAUACAGGGGAGUACCGUUUUCGGUGUCGAGCAUGUCCAGCUAUGGCACGUACGUUAGAUGAGCAAGUGCAGCACGAUGACAUCUGCGGAGACCCUGAGAUGAUCGUUUGUAACGAUAUAACCUUCGAUGAGAACCAUGUGUACGGUUAUAUGUGCGAAAUGUGCAAUUUUGUGCAAAUUCGUCGUUUCAAUAUGGAUAGGCAUCUCCAACGAGAACAUCAUACCGAAGAAACAUCUUGUUUCAAAUUCAGUCUCGUAAAUUACGAGCUUGAUUCAGAAUCCCAGUCCUUCCAUGGCUUAGUAAAAUGUGAACCAAAAGCAGAAGAAAACUGGUUAUGUAAUAGUAGUAUAAUUGUGAAAGAAGAAAAAAUACCCAAUGAGGCGGAGGAGCUGGAGUCUUUAGAAAGUGUUUCCAAACAGAUUGAUUAUCCGAUUUGCAUAGAAAAACAAGAAUUAAUUUUACCCGACGACUGUGAUGAUUCAAAUGACAGUCAGUGUACUCUACCGAUGACCUCAAAUGACGAAGACAGCUGGAACAUUCUUGAUUUGGAAGAAAAUCAAAGCUGUGAUCAACAAAAACAACUAAGUGUAGUUAAAAAAGAAAAUGUUGGCACCGAACAGUGUAAUGUAUUGAACAGUGAAGCUGAAAAUGGACAAACGCUGGUUGAAAAUGUCUGUGAUAAUGGUGAUCCAAAUAACCGAUGGCAAUUAUUUACAAAUUCCAACAUCGCCCAUAAAAUUGUUCUGAAAAGGACAAAUAACCAACGAAACAUUGUAAAGCCUGACUUGGAGCAAGAGUGUAUAAGAAGAGCUGGUACAACGGAGAGCAAUGAAGGUGCACCGAUAACACCUAACGUCCCGUUAAUUCGUGUUCUAAAAUUGCCUGGUGAUAAUUUAUCGCGUUGACGUGGAGGCAUCAUUCUUACAGCAAGAAUUACUGUUAACAACUAAAAUACUCAGUCUACGAAUCAUCACCGUUGUGAUCUUAUGGAAUAUACUACCCAUUGAUGUACUGCCAUUUUAGUUAUGAAAGUGAUUAGAAUACAAUAUUAUUGUUAUGAAUUUUAAAUCACAUGAUUUUCACUUUUUUUUAUGUGGCACGACAUCCCGAAGUGGGACA